UGGUGGCAGUUGGUCGAUUAGUUAAUUGUGCGCGCCAUGCCUACCAUCGCGUAAACACAGCGUCGCGACGUCACAAACGCGAUUUCAUCUCUCUCUCUCUCUCUCUCUCUCUGGAUAAAACGCGACGUCGCGCGUCACGUUUCGCAUCGUAGUGCGCUCUCACGUUCGGUUAUGCCGUGCGCGUAAAAUCGGCGAGAAGAUUAAAAUGUCGCUGCACUUGGCUGACCGAAAUCUGCUGACAAACAGGUGAAGAUGGAAGAUGAUGCUGACCUAAGGGAACAAUUGUUUCACAACACCGUGCGAGAGAGCAUCAUAUUCCUGCUGCUCUUCCUGCUACUGUAUAUCACGAGUCACGCGCUGAUCGAGCGUUUCAGACGGCGCGAUCGCGAGGACUAUCUCUCAGUGGACGAGGAUGAAGCCACCGUGUACAAAAUCAGUCACAGUCUCUGCACGGUCGCGCUGGCGGUUUCUAUCGGCGCUACACUCCUCCUUCCGGUGUCGAUCGCCAGCAACGAGGUGCUCAUCCUCUACCCGAACAGCUACUACGUCAAGUGGCUCAACAGCUCCCUCAUCCAAGGUCUGUGGAAUCUCGUGUUCCUGUUCUCCAACGUAUCGCUCUUCGUGUUUCUGCCCUUCGCGUACCUCUUCACGGAGUCGGAAGGUUUCAUGGGCCACAAAAAGGGCGUGAUGGCGAGGGUGUACGAGACACUGACUGUUCUCUUUCUGCUGGGCACUCUCGUACUAGGAAUGACGUACGUGCUAUCUGCCCUCCUAGACUAUCAAAACUCGAGUUUGCACACAUUGCUCAAUUUAUGGAGUUACUAUUUGCCUUUCCUGUACUCCUGCGUCUCGUUCGUCGGCGUUGUGAUGUUGUUACUAUGUACUCCCGUGGGAUUCGUGCGACUGUUCGGUGUCGUCGGAUCUUUUCUGGUUAAGCCUCAGUUUCUGAAGAACUUGGACGAAGAGUUCUACGCUUACAGGCUGGAGGAGGAUUGCAUCCGCCGGCGUUUGCAGCAUGUGAAAGCGACUGGCAAGUCGUACGUGUCACCGGUGCCGAUGUCUCCGCCGGGUUGCGGCUCGUUGACGGAGGAGGACGAGCCGUUGCUGAGCGUGAAUCCGAGUCUGAUGUGUCUCAGGAAUGGUGCUUUGCAGAAAGGCCUCGCCGAGAGGCUAGAAGACAUUCAGAGACAACGGCAGCUGUUGGACCGGCAGAGGAGCACGUGGUGGGUCAGGCGUACGCUGUUCUACCCGCUGGCGAUGCUGGCUCUGCUUGUCUUGUCUACCGCCACCGCUCUGCUGGCAGUGCAGAACACACUGGAGCUGCUGAUAGGCAUUAAAGCGCUGCCUCUGAGCACAAGGCAAUUUACACUCGGCAUCAGUUCACUGUCGAAGCUCGGACCCAUCGGAGCGACGAUUGAAGUGGCGGUGAUUCUGUACUUGGCCGUGACCAGCGCGAUCGGCUUGUACGCGCUGCCAGGCGUGAGAAGGGUACAGCCGAAGUUGCACUCGACGCAGCUCACUCAUCUCAUCGCGAAUUGCGCCCUCCUGCUCGUUCUCAGCUCAGCGUUACCGCUGUUAUCGCGAAUACUAGGAAUGACGAACUUUGAUCUGCUCGGUGACUUCGGGCGCAUCGAGUGGCUGGGCAACUUCAAGCUCGUGCUUCUCUACAAUCUGAUCUUCGCGACCGCGGCGAUCGGUUGCCUGGCCACCAAGUUCAGCGCUACCGUGCGCAAGGAGAUCUACGCCCGGCUGAGGAGCAGCCUGCUCGGCAUUUUCAGAACGGACGCGAAGAGAGGCUUGUCAGGGAUGUUUUCUACAAAGGAAGAUUAGACUGAUUUAGAUUGUAAUUAAUAAGCGGAGAGAGAUGAGACGCCGGGACCUUGCGAAAGUUUUCCUGGUUUGCGAAAGAUAUACUUGUAGGGAAUUACAAGAUGUUUCUCGCGACUCAAGUCGGAGAGCUCCCGACACGCGCGGUGUGAGACUCCGGAAGGGUGCUGACGCGAAGGACCACCGCGGAUGAUCGUCGCGGAUGCUCCUCGAUCAUUUUCUUGAAUGAUACUUCUCGAUCGCUCGCGGAAAUAUUCACUCCGGAAACUCCUCGUCCGCGCGCGAGUUUCCCCGACGAAGCUAUAAUUACGACGUCGAGAAUUCCGAUUGAUUCACUGAGAGAGAGAGAGAGAUUCAAUUCUUGAAUCCGUAUUACGUCUCGAAACUAGUUUCGAUGGAAACGCGAUUAAGUACAAGUCUUGGUCGGUUAGAUCGUUCGCGCGUUUAAGCCUCGGGCGAUCUUCGCCCAGACUGUUGGAUAUUCCCCAUUGAUUUAUAUUCGGCCACAAAGGCCACGACGUCUGGAAUCCUGAAAUUCGGAAUCUCGCGGCCGAGAGAAUUUCGUUCGGCAAUCCCCGUUCGUGUCUGCGCGCGAACUCCCUCAUCUCGAUAUCCCCGGAGUUCUUCUCCCGCGCGUUCGAAUCCGCAGCCGAUCCAAAAAGCUGUUAUCACAUUCGACAGCCAACGAAACUUUCGUAAGAGCCUAAAGUUUGUCGUUUAAAAACGAUCAAGCAAAUGUUAUAGCAAUUUUUUGGUCGUUACAAUAACAACAUGCGAGGCCAGUUAGGACAUGUCAGACGAGGAUGUGACAGGGAUGUCACGUCCGUGAUGCGUAUAAGCCUUAUAUACGAUACACUUUUUUCUUCUUUUCUUUUUUUUUUAUUUAUUACGUUAUGUUACUCUUACUAGUUUUAAGUAUAUUAUAGCUGAGUCGAGCUGUAAUCAGCUCGUCGUGGAAGCGGACGUGUGUAUGUUGUAAUAUGGAAGAAUCGAUUCAUACGCGUUGCCGAAACGUACGACUUCGAAUACGCACCCAAUGAGCGCAUAUGCGGGAUGAUGCCCACCAAAGAAAUUUCAAUACCGACGUGGACGAUUCUGCGAGGGGAAUCGUCGUCGGUAGACGAACAUUUGAACUCGGUCUAUCAAAUUUUACGAUUUUCGGUCUCUCGUUACGAUUAAAAAAAUUAUAUAUAUAUGCAUAUACUCAUAUAUAUAUAUAU